ACUGUAUCCUGACAGGGUCUAGUCCCUUCAUGCCUCAACAAACCAAGUCCACUCAGCUGACCAUGUUAUCCAUUAUUUAACACCUUCUGAGACCAUCCAUUUGAUGCUGUCUUUCGAUGAUGUAUGCACUUCCAUUCCAAACCUUGCUUCACUUCCCUUGCGCUUCCAAAUUUACAAGCAGUACCAGACCCAAGGAUGCGAUGCCCAUGGACUUGCAUUGCAAAUUUUCUUCACUGGAAAUAAAAAGAUUAUCAAGGAGGAUGGUGCUGAAAUUUUGUGGAUUCAAUACUCUCCUAUUAUCCAUCAAUCCAGUUUUGGCUGCCCCGAUGCCAGAGAUGAAGGAGCCUGAAGUUAUUCGGACACUGAAGCUUGCCAAUGGGGUUAGGUUUCAAGAGAUUAUUGAAGGGGAAGGGCCAGAAGCUCAAGAGGGAGAUACAGUUGAAGUUAACUACGUAUGCAGGCGUUCAAAUGGAUAUUUUGUUCAUAGCACCGUGGAUCAAUUCAGCGGCGAAAGCUCGCCUGUCAUACUUCCUUUGGAUGAGAACCAGAUUAUUAAGGGCUUGAAGGAAGUCUUGAUUGGCAUGAAGGUUGGAGGUAAGAGAAGAGCAUUGAUACCUCCUUCUGUUGGAUACGUAAAUGAAAACUUGAAACCAGUCCCUGAUGAGUUUGGCCCUCGGCGUAGCCUCCUCUCGCAUGCGAAUGAGCCUCUCAUAUUUGAAGUGCAGCUCUUGAAAGUCCUCUAAGUUUGCUUCCUAUAUUUGUAUCCAUUCUUUCUAGAACUAAUGCUGUUGAUGGCACAAAGCCUUGAACAUUUCUUUAGAUUUGUGUAAAGAAAGUUAUUAUUCAUUUGGAAUUGGAUUUGUGGAAAUGAUUAAUUUAGUAAAA